AUGUCGAGGGCUGAAGGAUGGGCUCUACGGCUUCAGCCGUUUGAUUUUGAGAUGGAGUAUAUUGCAGGACCUGCUAACAUAUCAGACUCUCUAUCGCGACUGUGCUCACAGUUCGAUUUACCUUUCGACGAGAAUGCUGAGCAUUAUUUAUGCGCAAUUGGAGAAGGGCUUACAGCAAUAACUUUGGAAGAAAUACGAUUGGAAACUGUAUGCGAUGAAAUUUUGGCAGGAGUUGUUAAGGCACUUGAAACCGGCAUUUGGCCAUCAGUACUUUUUCAGUAUCAAGCAUUCUCUACUGAGUUGGGAAUUACAAAGGGAUUUGUGGUGCGUGAAGAUAGAAUCGUGCUGCCAGAAAGGCUUAGAUUAAGAGCGCUGGAUAUAGCACAUAGAGGACAUCCCGGAAUAGUGGCUAUGCGUAUGAAUCUCCGAGAGAAAGUGUGGUGGCCGGGUAUGGAUAGAGAUAUCGUAAAUAGGAUUCAAGAGUGUGCUGGUUGCGCUGCAGUGAGCAAAUUAACACCACCAGAACCGAUGCAGAGGAAAGGAAUGCCAGAUCGGGCCUGGCAAGAGAUUGCGAUUGAUUUCUUUUCAGCAAAGGAGUGUACGACGUGUAUGGUUGUUGUCGACUAUUACAGUCGGUUUCUACGGGUUAUCGAGAUGAAGGGUACGACUGCAGGGAAGACUAUCGAUGCUCUGGAAGGUAUAUUUAUCGAGCAAACGUACCCAGAGACGAUUCGUAGUGAUAAUGGCCCGCCGUUCUCGAGUGAAGAAUUUGCACAGUACUGCUCGAAUAAAAACAUAAGACUUAUUCGUACCAUUCCGUACUGGCCGCAGAUGAACGGUCUUGUAGAAAGGCAGAACCAGGGCAUCCUUCGGACGCUUCGGAUCGCCAAAGCAACGAAGUCGGACUGGCGGAAGGCAAUAACUGAGUAUGUGUAUGUCUACAAUACAACACCGCAAUCAGUCACCGAAAAAGCUCCAAUGGAACUUCUAACUGGUCGGCCGGUGAAAGACUUAUUACCCUCUUUGAGAACCGAUCCUAGCUAG